AUGGCUGCAUCUCUGUUCACUUUCUCCUCUACUUCACGAAGGGUAGUUCCUGCCCUAAUCUCUCCUCCUCUUCCUAUAGACAUCAAAGCCACCAACGUUGUUUUCAACCCUGAUAUUCCCAAUGUUCAUCGAGAGUUCUUCCCUGAACAAGUCUGUGAGUUCUACUACACCGCAACAGUCAAUGAUGAAAACAAUGUCAUCAUCGGGACCAUUGGCCGUGGAAGACACUCUGUCUUUAUUACAGUAGAACUUCUCAGUGCUGCACUCAGGUUACCUAUCUUUGAACCAUUCUCUGAACUUCCCUCCAUUGAACGUUGUCGACGUCUAUUCGAUCAAAUGGGAUAUGAUCACUCAAAGGCUGGUGCUCGAUCAGCUCUUGUUCUGCGCCAAUGUGUUGUUGGGAUUUGA